UCCUGCUUGAGCCGGGAUGUCGCCAGUUUCCUUGAAGUUAUCACAGUGGCAGUAGAUGUGAAAACAGCGCCAUUUCUGUCGGUGUCCAUGAUACGCGAUGCUACCGCAGCGGAUUCCAGAGCUCGAGCUCGGAACGGCAGCGGGAGAGAAAUAGCCGCUCCCCUUUCGCUGCUCCUCUUUACUUCAGCUCACCGCAGCCUGUGCCGGUGAAGUAGGACGUAGCCCCAAAAUGGCCUGCUGUGACUAAGACGCAAACACUUAAGGUGUUUUGCCCAGCAGCUGAGAUCUAUCAGCAGCAUAAGCCAUGCCUGACGAGUAAAAUUCCCUUUUUUGCUUAAAGCAAUAAAAAAAAGAAAAAAAAAUCAUCCUACAUGCCUCCCCAUGUAGAGCCCCUUCAGUACGUCCUGCUGGAGUGACAACCCCCUCUUCCAGAUAGGCCUCAUCCUCUCUUGUCCACCGUACCCCUCUCCACGGAACACCAUACAGUAACUACCCAUCACAAUGCUGCUCCACCUGAAAAUGGCCAACACCUGAGGUCCCAUGCGUCCAGUGAGCACCGAUUCAGACGGUCCUGCUCCUCCUGAAAACAUCUCUUGCCCCUUCCCCCUUGUGGGCCCCCUGCCUGCCUCAGAGAUGUCUCUUCUCCAGUCACUGGGUCCAGUACAAAGCUGGCUUGGCCAGGAGCUUGAGAAGUGCGGGAUUGAUGCCAUGAUUUAUACCCGCUAUGUCCUUAGCCUUCUCCUGCAUGACAGUUACGACUACGACCUGCAGGACCAGGAAAAUGACAUCUUCUUGGGCUGGGAGAAGGGAACUGGGAAGAAAUGGGGCAAGAGUAAGAAGAAAGGAGGGACUGACUUGAGUCUUGAGGAAUUGAAAAAGCAAGCUGCUGUCCAAUGCCUCCGCUCUGCAUCUGAUGAAAACUCUGGAAUUGAGAGCCUAGUUGAGGAGCUUUGUUCUAAACUAAAGGACAUCCAGAACAAACAGAAAGAGGAGAAGCAGAUUCAGAAGAAAUCUGAUAGCUCUCAGUCUCCGGAGCGAACUGACUCCCCUUCUUCAAAGGACCAGGUGGAAAUGUACUAUGAAGCCUUUCCUCCUCUGUCAGAGAAACCUGUUUGUCUCCAAGAGAUUAUGCCGGUGUGGAACAAGGCAAAGGCAUGUGCAUACUCAAGUUCAUCAUCCUCUGCAGCCCCACAAACCAGCACAGACACCUCCUCCCCAAAAGAUUGCAACAGUGAAGGUGAGGCUGCAAAGGAGCGAAACCUGGAGGCGUGUGGUACCAUUACAACUGUGAUCAAUGAAAGAGGCCAGCAGCGGCGAUGCAAGAAGGAGAAAGAAAAUAGAUACCAUGGUGGUGCAGCAGCGGAGGAGAAGUCUAUCAUCCACUCAAAGAGGCAGACCAGAUAUAGAUCUGAGGGUAAAUACCGGCCCCGGUCCUGGUCCUCUGGCUCUAGUGAGGCAAGCUCAAGCUCAAGUGGGAACCAGGGUGACUCAAAGUCAUCUAGAAGCAAAGCAAUUAGAAUAAGGCACAAAUCCAGGGAAGCGAUCAAGAAUAAGCGAACACGCAACAGUGGGCAAGUGAAGCUGCAGGUGAAGGUUAUCGACAAAGAGGAGCGAAGAAACACAGGAGGGAGCAGUAGCAGUGGCACUACCAAACAACCACAGCUUUACAAAAAGGGGAAAAGACCGCUGAAGGAGAUUCGUAAAGAUCCGGGCUGGGUGGAAGUAAAAGAGUCAGGAGUUGAGGUCAGAAAUAAAAAAGAGUACAUGGAGGAGCCACUUUGGUACACAGAGCCCAUCACAGACUAUUUUAUACCUUUCAGCAGCAGACAAAGCAAGCUGGAAACAAAGUAUCGGAGCAAGGUAGACUCUCCAGAUGGGUUUGCUGUGUCAGCCGAUAUAGACAGGCUGCCAGACAGAAUCCAGGGAAUCUGCAUUGCCGAUGAAAACUACCAGAGAGCAUACUUAGCUGCAGGCUCAUUUGUGGAUGGGCACUUUGUGGAAGGGCCUGGCGAAGCAGAAGAUGAAACUGCUGAACUCACUGGGACCUCAAGCUGCCCUCAGCCAGAGGAUAGUGGAAAUUUAGAUGACAAGCAUCUGUCUGAAUUCACUCACUUCUAUGAAGUUGAUAUUUAUCAAUCCAUAUUGGAUACUAGUGCCUCAGACUCGAUACAAGAGAGUCGGAUCUUAAGCAUGAUUCGACAAAAAAGCAAAGAGCAAAGAGACGUUGAGGCAGAAUGUUUAGUAUUAGAUGGCCUUGAGCAGCAAGGGAAAAGUGCAAUAAGGGCAGACUCACAGGAAGCUUCGGGAUCUGUUGGAUUCUUUAUGCAAGAUCUUGAAAACAUGGCUCAAGUCUGGGGAUGUUAUUCACCAUCUACUUCAGAAGAUAUAGAUGGAGAAAGCUUCAUAGGAGACUCUCCCAUUCGACUCUCCCCCCUUCUUGAUAGUGUUUCAUUUACCCUGAGCAAACUCUCUGGAAAUCUGGAAGAGCCACCUGUUCCUGAAGCCCCCAGUGAACCAUCUGGUUUAAACUCAUCCUGCUUCUCUCUUUUUGAGCUGCAGUAUGAUAGCCCCACUUUUCCUUUUCCUCGCGACUCACUCACAGUUGGUCAUGAAAACACAGAUUCAAGUAGCUGUCUCGACCCACAUUCUAAUAAACAGUCUCGUUUGCUAAUAUGGACCAAAAAUAGUGCCUUUGAUGAAACUGAACACUGUUCAAACCUUUCAACGCGAACCUGUAGUCCAUGGUCGCACUCGGAGGAAACUCGUUCAGACAAUGAGCAAGGAAAUGUUCUGACAGAAGAUGCUGCUCAAAUUGGCAAUGAAGAGAUUGAUUGUAUAAUACCUCCUCUUUCUGGUACAUAUCUAGAGGAUGAAAUCUUGGAUUUUUUGCAAGAAGACUCUGGCCAUAAAUGUGAGGAGGUGAGCGUUAGCACAGCAUCUAAUCAGACCUUCACCAAAAAGUCAAAAUUGGAGUCCAUUUGUGGUAUAGCUUUGGAAGAGGAUGAGAGUAAACAGUACAGCACUGGCAUGUUUUCGGACAACACAAACCAACAGAGUGAUGAUUACAGCUCAGGGAUCAUAAAGGAUAUUUGGACUGCAAUUGGAGAUGGUGACUCUGUAAUGUCAAGGCAAGGAACAGAAAAAACAAGUGAGGGGCUUUUUGCAGAUGAGUCAAGCGGUUACUGUUGCAGUUGUCUGGAAGUGCAGGCAAAAGGAGUUCCAAUUCAGGGACCUCAGAAAAAAGCAGUGCAGCGGUCAGAGUAUCACCUUUGGGAAGGCAAGAAAGAAGAACAAGAUUUAGCCAAAAACAAACUCUCAAAGGUAGAUGGUGCUGGGGAUUACAUGACUCCGUCCAAGCCCUGGGACUUGAACUCUGACAAAGAGAGUACAUCAUUCAUUCUAGGAGGAGUGUACGGAGAGUUGAAGACAUUAAGUAGUGAUAAGAAUUGGGCUGUUGUGCCACCAAGUAAAUCCCAAGAUAGCCUGCUACAGUGUGCCGCUGCAGCUGCAUCUGCUUCUGGCUCAGACAUGCUUACCAUCACUGGCACGGAUGUCUUCAUGAACACCGGCAGCUGCUUUGCUCCUGGGCACAGGCCCCUGUGGAGGCCUCUUGUGUCCUUUGGGCAGAGUGACCAGGCUAUUAGAGGAGGUGGAGAUGGACUGAAUAAGGGAUUCUCUUUCAUCUUCCAUGAAGAUUUGCUCGGAACAUAUGGAGGGUUGCACAGUGAGCAGCAAGGUUUAGGAUACCCGUUUGCAUCCUUCAACCUGAACAAUCCCUUCUCUCAAGUCCUCCACGUUGAGUGUUCUUUUGAGCCAGAGGACAUGGCUUCAUUCAGUCCUGGGUUUAAGCCCAAAUCUAUUCUCUGCUCAGACUCUGAGAAUGAAGCCUUCCACCCACGAAUAUAUGGCAUCAACCGGACACAGUAUAGGGCCAUUCGCAUUUCCCCCAGAACUCAUUUCCGACCAAUAUCGGCAUCAGAGCUGUCUCCCGGUGGAGUAAGUGAUUCAGAGGCUGAUACCGACAAAGAGGAGAUGAGCUUUCCCGUCCUGGCGCCAGUGGACGUCUUUGAUGAUCCUCAGGCAGACCUCAAACCUCUGGAGGAGGAUGCAGAAUGUGAGGGCCCUUAUUAUGGGAAGUCAGAACUGGAAUCUGGUAAAUUCUUACCCAGAUUAAAAAAGUCUGGCAUGGAGAAGAGUGCCCAGACCUCUUUGGAUUCACAGGAGGGCUCCAGUACCCUCCUGCCAAUCGCUGAGCAAGAGAUUUGCUUAGACUGCAAAACGGCAGCAGCUUCAUCAACUGCAGGUGGACAGAUGAACGCCUCAGUUGGCAAGAUUCAAAAGGAGGAAUCUUCAGGAGAAAAACAGUCCUGCUUAUGUGCACCAGCAGGUCAGAUCCCCAAGUAUGGGAUUGCUUAUGACUUUGUUGAAGAUGUGCCAGAGGGAGCAGCAACAUUUGAAUACUCCAGUUUUGCAGAGGACACCUGUCGUCGAGAGGAAACUUCCUCUCCUUUUGUGACUGGACCUCUACCAGCAAAGAUUCAGGGUCAUCUCAGAGCUGGAAAACCUCAUGUAGGCUAAUGUUCUGAGGCACCCAUUCAAAAACCUCACACAUAACCGUGCUGGUUUUUCAUUUACUAACGUAAUCCUUGUGUAAUCAACAAUCAGAUCGACAAAAAGUGAGUGAAAAUAGGAAAACUCAAAAAAUAUGUUUUGUCUUUGAGUGAUACCAUGUGCGGACAUACAUUUUAGAAUUUGUUUCAAUUGAUUCUUCAGUACACUGGUCCACAUUCAAGUCUCACAGUUAGGUAUUAGGGACAAUCCUUUGUUCUAUCCCUGUCAGUUUGGUUCCCACCACUUUUGCUUUUGAACUAGGAUACUGGUAGUUGGUGUCUGAAUGGUUGUGCAUGUGUGUUUGUCCAGCCAGUCUCACUCCUCUUUUCGUAGUUAAAUCUAAUGUUGUGUGAAACAACUGCUAUCGCAUCCUCUACUUUCCAUCUUGAGUUCAGAAAGACGAUAUAAGGAUGUUGAGAUUUUUUAGUUGUGUAAGAAUUUGAGAGUUUAUUUUAAAUAGUUUGUUUAGAAGACUUUCUGAAUGUGAAGUAGAGAAUGUGUGCAGCUUUCUUCGAACCAUCCGUAAAUCCCCCAUGCGUGAGAAGUGAUCAUAAAUGAGUCUGAUAUUUUAUUUUUUUGAAUGGUGAUAGUCUUUCAAAAACUAGUAGUAGACAUAGUAUGGUUUGUGAGGCUAAACACAAAAAUUAUUUUAAAAAUUAAAAAAAACAAAAAACAGGAAAUCAAAAGGAGUUUUGUUGGCAAAAAAUACUAAUCUACUUGAAAUGCAAUGCUGUUAAAGAAUUGGGGAGAAAAAAGAAAAAAAGUGUUUUGGGGUAAAGACCCAUCAUCAAAAGAUAUGACUACAGCCAUUUUUGCAGACACGUGUUGCAACUGAAUGAAACUCUGUUUUCUUUUUUUGUAAUUGCUAUGGUACAGACUAUUGGUGCUAUGAAUAUGUUCAGAAAUCUUUUGAAGUUGCAGUUCCAUAAUAUGGCUGUGAUGAGUAGAUGGCAUAGCCUAGUUUUGUUUGUAGUCUGACAGUCAGCAUCCAUUAAUAUCUUUUCGAAAUUGUGAAAAGAAAAGGAAAAAAAAGUUUUGCCUAAUCGCGGUUCUUGCUUAAUGUGGCUUGGUUUUUAUUUUAAGGUAACCUUUUAGUUGUCAGGCCUGUAACAGCUGAGGCAGAGUUACUUCAAAUCUCAUGUUUCUACACAUCUUCUGAACUCGUAAUCCACUGAAGAAAAGACAAAAUCAGCAUUGACUGAAGGUGAAUUGUUCAUGCUGCAUUUAAAUAAACGUAUAACAAAACAACUGGUGGGAGGUGGUCAAAAACCAAAAAUAUGGCAGAAUUACACUAAGGUACAAAUGCUUUUUUUUCCCAUAUGAGGUGUGUUUUUAGUUUUUUGUUUUACAGUAUAUCGUGUUGGAAUAUUGAGUAAUACGCCACUUUGUGUGUGUGAGUGUGUCGGAGUUGAACUUGUGAAGGCAGUGGUUCAGAAUAAGUGUCGUAAAACUUUAACUCAGAGAAACGUGAAUGUGUGCAGAGACGUACAUUCACAAAAAUGCAAAUGCAUUAACACCCCCUUAAUUUGACCCUAGGAAAAAUAGUGAGGGGUUACUGGCCCCUCACAUGAACCUGUGCAUACAAUGAUCUGCUGGUAAGUGCAUUUUGCAUUUCCCUCUUGCUUCUAUUUACCCAACCAGGGACAAAAUACUAUUAAUACCUGCUUUGUUUUUCGAAGGACAGCAUUCUUUUUAAACAGGUUAGAAGGGCAGCACGGGGGUGAACUCGUAUCAUAAAACUGAAGCACAGAUUAUAAAAAAAAAAAAAUCACCCCUCCAUCAUCGGGCAGUUUAAACAUGUCAGGGGUUAGGAUAGUAACUGUAAUGCACUGUCGCAGGUACAGGUGUCUCUUUUGCGGGCGAGGCUUUUGCAGCGGCUUUCUUAUUUGAAAAUGAAAUGAUUGUUAAUGGCCCAGUGUUUGUUUAUUCGUUUGUUCGUCCACUUAAAUUGCGAAACGACCCCACACAAACACACACAGGUAUUAACUGAACAGAAGGUACUCCAACUUCAGGGUCUUGUCACCUUUCUUUGACAGUCAUCAGACACUCAGGAAUUUUUUAAUACAAGCAUACUGCAUAAUCUACGCUCAGACCUGUGACAGUGCAUUGAUUCUUUAUUGUAAAAUCUUUAUUUGAUUGUAGAGCAGAUAUUCUAGACAGGCGUUAUUUCCAGGCGAACCACAGAGGUGGCGGUCGUUCAUUUAGAGCUAUAGUUUUAGGGACAAAAAGAAACUAAGCCAUUGUAGGUUGCAUAAGCAAUGCGGAGGGGAAUUCAAAAGCCCUGAGUCCUAUGCAAUACCUUGGCGCAUGUAAACAUUCAAGAGUCUAUGGAGAAAAGUCAUUCAGUUUUUUUUUUUUUUUUUUUUUUUUUUUAAAGCAUGUUACUUAUGUUUGAGUGAGGGACACCUGAGGGAAAAAAACUAACCAUGGAAUGUCUCUAAACAUGCAGCAUGUAAACAUCACACUCCAUCUUUUUAUGUUAGGUUGAAGAAAAAAAUAUUUUGGUUAACAAAAAAAAAAAUAUUACAAGUGAGGUAAAAUAUGUGAUUGAGAGAAUGUUAUGACUGUGUGUGUGAUUCUGUCAGUGAAAGUGUGCAAAGAAGCUAAAGUUACAAAAAAAAAACAAAACACUUGUUGAAAGGAAUGCAUCACAACCUUUCUCCAUUUUUAUUCCUCCAUCGAUAGGCUGUGUUUGAAAAUAAAUAAACAACAGAAUAUAAAAAGGCGGUCAAACGUUUUCAGUGAGGGUAUGUGACACUGACUUGCGACUGCGCAGUUGUCAGAGGAGCAUAUCCAACGCUGAAAACUUUUUCAUUCCCAUUUAGAUGAGGCUCCUUCACCCUCCCCGUUCUCUAUGUUCCUUAAACCCAUCUGUUCCGAGUAGCAGCAGUGUUGUUCUAAUUUCAUGUACACCCAGAGUAAAUUAUUUUGUUUCAUUGUGGAUUUUCUUAACAUCUAAUAAAGGAAUAAACCAAACCUCA